CAAACUAAAAUAGCUUCACUCACGGGUUGCCAAACACCACCUUUAUCAAACUCUUCCAAAAUUCCCAUACAGAAGUGAUUUGUUUUGUGCAUAGAUUAACGCUAGUGCUCAUGGAGUCUUCUGAUAAUGAAAAUCAUGCAACCAAAUUUGUGAAUGACCUUAAAAUAAUAGAAGAAAAGGCAGCAGCACAAGCAGAAGUAGGAAGAGGAGGAAGAGGAGGAGGAGGAAUCGAAGUAAAAGGAGAAGAACAAGAAAAAGUAGAAGAAGAAGGAGAAAAAGUAGGAGGAGAAGAAGGAAAACAAGCUGGAGGAGAAGGAGAACAAGAAAAAGCAGAAGGACAAGGACAAAGAGAAGGAACAGAACCAAAACAAGGAGAGAACAAGGAUGAGGACUACUGGAGAUACAUACCACUCCUUAAUGCUGCACUCGGGGGAGACUGGGAUUCCGCCAAACGAUGCAUCGACGAAGAUGAAUCUGCACUCACUGCCAAUAUCACUAAUUCCAGGGACACCGCACUCCACAUAGCAAUUAUGAGUGGAAGGUCAAUCGAAUUUGUGAAGAAGUUGGUGGAUUUGAUGCCGCCAGAGGCGCUGGCACUGCGUAACUCUUCCGGUUGCACUGCCCUUAUCAGUGCUGCACUGUAUGGAAACACCAAGGCUGCGGUUAUCCUGGUGGAGAAACACCCUACCUCCUUAUAUAUUCGCACCGAUCAGAAUUCGUUACCGCUUCACUGUGCAGCUAACAAUGGACAUAAGGACACCCUUUUGUAUUUAUUGAGUGUCACAAAGGAGGAUGAUCCAGUGUCCAAGCCAUUGGCAUACCCUUCUGGUGCUCUGCUUCUCUUUCAAGUAAUAGAUUCCGAAUUUUAUGCUAUGGCUAGAAAGGCGUCAGCAUUCCCAAGUGGUAUUCGCCUGAAUCGUUGGCAACGAUUAAUCUAUUCUUAUGUUCCUGUGAAGUUGGAAAACUAUGCUGAUCAAGACCACAAUAGAAGUGACAUUGAAAAUUCGGUUAACUGCUCUCAAGUUAUUACACAGAAACACAGCUGGGCUCGAAUUUUGGGGGCAAACUUCCCCAAUUCUGUGAGCCGAAAAUUGCAGGCUAUGCUUUGGAAAGUUCUUGAAUUAUUAGUGCCUCCCACAAAACAUGUCCAAAAGCAAAAAUUGAUACAUCUUCAAGCAAUUCAACUGGUCAAAUCCUUGUGUGAGAAAAUUAGAUCUUCAAAUGACUUAAAGGUUUUUGAAUUAAUUUGCAAGGAUGUAAUCCUUGUAGCUACAAGGUAUGGGAUUCAUGAGGUUGUUGAAGAGGUUGUUCAAUCAUUUCCUCAAGCAAUCUGGUAUUUGGACAAAGAUCAUUAUAACAUAUUUGGACUGGCAGUUUUAGAUCGUUGUGAAAAUGUUUUCAACCUCAUCUAUCAAAUGAGUGGGCAUAAACAAGCUAUGAUGUUCAUGGGGGACAAAAAUGGGAACAACAUGUUGCACUUGGCUGGACGGUUAGCACCUUUUGACAAGCUCAAUCUUGUUCCGGGUGCAGCUUUGCAAAUGCAACGUGAGUUACAAUGGUUUAAGGAAGUGGAGAAGUUUGUAAUACCCCGUUACAAACAGAUUCGAAACAAUAAAAAUGAAGUUCCUUCAAUGGUAUUUACCAAAGAACACAAAAAAUUAGUAGAAGAAGGAGAAAAAUGGAUGAAAGACACUGCAAACUCUUGCACAAUAGCGGCAGCACUCAUUGCCACUAUAGCAUUUGCAGCUGUAAUCACUGUUCCAGGUGGCACCAAUGGCACAAAUGGCGUCCCAGUUUUCUCAAAAGCAAACGCAUUUAUUGUCUUUAUCGUUUCAGAUGCAAUCUCUCUAUUCACAUCCACCAUGUCUCUGUUAAUGUUCUUGUCUAUCCUCACUUCACGCUAUGCAGAGGGUGAUUUUCUUUAUGUUUUGCCUAAGAGGUUGAUAAUCGG